AUGUACGUACACGAAAGAAAAUGUACAUACUAUAGAGAGGAUGUACUCGGCAGCUGCGAUGGCGAGAGCAAAGGAGCGAGCGGUGCGAUUGAUGGUGGAGGAGGAAGAGCAACGCCUCCGGGGUUGGGAGUUGAAGGUGGGGAUGUUGGUGCAGGUGGAGGUGUUGGUGUGGGUGGGGGUGUUGAUGUGGGUGGGGGUGUUGAUGUGGGUGGGGGUGUUGAUGUGUCUGGAGAGGAAGUGGAUGGCGGCAUGGGCAUGGAUGGGGAUGGGGCCUGCCGACACAUGGCAUCACGCACGAACGCCACGCGGGCAGCUGACAUGGCAUGCAGUGGCCGCAUGUGGGCCCCUGCGGUCCCACCUGGAUGGGGAGGGAUGGGGGAGGGAUGGGGAGGGAUGGGGAGGGAUGGGGAUGGAUGGGAAGGGAUGGGGAGGGAUGGGGAAGGUUGGGGAAGGAUUGGGGGGGAUGGGGAGAGCGGCAAGCCAUUAGCUCACCAUUGGCUGGCGAGAGCUUCGAACUUAGCCACCUCUUCGCCAUCAACGCUUGCGGACGUCACUCUCCCACCUGACGCCUCAAACGCGCGUCCUGCGGUUGAAUUACCCGCAACAGCGGGGGAAUCAUCGGCGGGAGAGGCGGAAGCGGAGGCAGGGGAUGCGCAAGCAGUGGCCGUCGAGAAUCCCCCCCAUGCGAUCGCCCGGCGCGGCAAGGCGGAAGCAUGCACGGCAAGGGGCAAAGGGAGCAAGGGAGGCGGAGGUGACGGCGGGGGAGGCGGUGGUGGGGGUGGUGGCGGCGGUGGGGGUGGUGGUGGGACUGGUGGGGCUAGUGGCAGCAGUGGGGGUGGUGGCGGCAGCGGCGGGGGAGGUGGCAGGGGCGGGGGCGGUGGUGGGGGCGGCGGUGGACACGGCGACGGCAAGGGGGAGGAGGUGGUCAAGGAGGUGCUGGUGAGGCUGCUGCUCUAG